AUGUCUUCCUCUAGUAUUCAAAGCCAUUCGAGUGCAAGCCAAUAUGUCACACCUUCGACGUUCAACAGCAAUAGCCUCCAGAGCUUUCUGAAACAACUCAGUAAACUGGCGUCAAGUGCUGAGUCCCAAGCUGCGUCUGCUAUGCUUGAAGAAUCUGAGAAUCUAAAGAAAGAGCUAAAGAAAGCUCACGAUGAAAUCCGCGAUCUCAAGGAGAGAAAGCGAGUCGCCAUUGAGGAGAUGUUUGCGGCUAACGAGGAUGGAAAGGCAAAACAGAAAGAAGCCCUUGAUCAUAUCGAGUCACUUCGUGCAUCAGUCAAACAAAAAGAUCAAUCUCUCACCGAGUAUUCCAACCAAGUACAAGCGCUCCAUCAGCAGAUCAACAGCCUUAAGUCAUCCUACUCACUGGAGCUCAGCAAAGUUUCUCAAUCGGCAAAGAAAAUUAACGAACUUGAACAAAGUUCGAAGGAGAAAGACAAGACAAUUGACAAGAUGAAGACUGCUGGAUCAAAUCUUAAAACAAUGCUUUCAUCAGCGCAGCAGAAGAUACAAGAGCUAGAAGCUGAAAAAACCGCAUUGAAAAAAGAACUACAAGCCAGCCAAGGCCGACUUCGAAACCUCGAAAGCUUCACUGUUCAGCAAUUGGAGCUUGAUGAAAGGUCAAUAUCGACGAAGUUUUCUGAACUGUGGGCCUUUUCUUUAAGCGAGAUGUUCACUGUCUUGAGGGAAGACCUUGAUGAGACGGUUCUGAAGGACAAAUCGAUCUGGGAAAAGCUUCGAAAAGAAAUUGCCAGAUUUGCCGUGCAAUAUUUUCCUUUGGUACCCUCAAACUCUUCCGAAGCCAAAGGAAUGCGCCUAGCCAUGAUUCUAGCCAUCCUUUCAAGGGAGAUUUGCAAAAACAUCUUCCAGCCUGAUUACAUUCUACCGGAAGAUUCAGCAAUCCACGGAAUCCUCAGUCGUCUAGCCGAGAAUAAUACCGAAAAGGAAAGCUUUUACCGACGUGUUCUUCUCUCCAUUGACGAGAAUGCCGAGGAGGAAAAAUUCUCCAGACACGCAUUCAGACGGUGCAUAGAGAGGGUUGUCCAGAAAGCGGCUGAGUUUUGGCUUCCAAUUCAGCGAGCUCAGCAGAGAUAUGAAACAGAAUUCGAUCUAAUCGAUCUUGAGGAUGACGAUUGGGAGCCUUUUUGCUUCCCCGGGGACAACACGAUCCCAGCUAGGCAACAUCAGGUUGUUCAAGACGUGAACAUUCUCACUGUGUUUCCAUGUAUCUCGCUCGUCAAGGAUGGCAACCGUGAUCCUUUGACUCAUCUUACUCAAUUGAGGAGCACGCAGAUGCUUUUUAUAGCGGCAGAAUAUGAAGCUCGUCAAAUGUCUACUAGCUUUGUCGUCCCCAGGAGGUCAUCGACUCGCUCCAGGCGGAGGUCUAUCGCUCAAAACACCGAUCAACCAAACGGCGGCUCUUUUUUAGAAGGAAGAUCGCCAGAGCCUUGA